AUGGACAUCUUGGAAGAUCUACAGAAGAAGACUGCUGCGGCCCUCAAGAGCACUGAAGAAUUGGAGGCGAGUUCUGAAGAAGCCCAGAUUGAGCGCCAGCUUGCCAUAUAUGACUGCGGAAGAAAUGUUCAGAGCGUCGAGCUGCUUAUGGAAUUUGGCAAGCGUGGUGAUGGGGACGAAGACGGUGUUCUGGAGUUUAUAAAUCAGAUGAAGUUCAGGGCGGAUAUCAUCGCAGAUGCAGAACUCUUCACCAGUGGCAUGAAGGACGAAAAAGAUACCUUCCUUGGAUUGUAUUACCAGGAUCCCAGAAAGUUCUCGAGUAUAAGAAGCACGGCUUUCACUUCGUUAACAGGCUCCUCGAAUACCAUGCAAAUAUCCUCCUCAACGAACGCGAAAUACCCCCGAAGUCAAGGAAUAGCACGUUCGCUUCAUACGGAUGCUGUUUCUAUCGAACUCCUCCUUCAAGUUAGGCCUACCUCCGACGUCUUACUACUCUCCUCCAACAGCAGUCCACCGCCCUCUCGAUUCCAGCUUGGUAUAGCCAAAGGCUUCGACAAGAUAAACCUGUCAGAGCGCUACACCAGGUGGAGAGAGGACUCCGACGACUUGGUCAGGCGCAUGUCUGAAGCAGAGAAGAUUGAUCACCUUCGUAUCGAUUGCAAGAUUCUCGCCUACGACUUCGCCAAACUAUUCCAGAGCAUCUCCACCCUCAAAGAAGUUCAGAAACAUAAUGACGCCUCAAAGCAGAAGGAGGUCGCUGAUGAGCUCAUGGGAAGAGCAGUCUACAAGGCGGAUAUCAUCACCGACGCUCAGAUUUUUGCCAGUGACAGACGAGGAUCUUACUACGCCACCAGACUCUUGGAAUUCCAUGCAAACCUGCUUCUGAACAAGAAAGAGGUUACGCCGGAAGUGGAGCAUGAGCAUCAUAUAUUCUUACGAAUGCUCCUUUAUUCGUACUUGUGCCUCGCAGAGAAUGUUCCGUUCAUUGAGAAAGAGUACGCUUAUCCCUACUACAAGGUUGUCCGCGAUACAACGGGUUGGUGA